AUGGUGGUUGACAACAAGUACUUGUCCUCGAAGCUUGUCUCCAAGGAAGAAGCCUCCAUGGCCAACGCUUCUUGCAGAGUCUACUACGGAGAAGCAGCAGGUGCAAUUCCAUUCAUGUGGGAGUCUCAGCCAGGAACACCCAAGCACCCUUCUUCAGAGUCUUCUCUUCCUCCUCUCACACCCCCACCUUCCUAUUCCACCACCCCACCAAUCUCUAAACGCACCCACAAAAUCACCUCCAAAUCAAAGUUUCUGGACACCAUUUUUCCCAGGCUGAGGUCUUCGAGGAAAAUGCUCAAGCCACCCAAUUCCAUGUCACCACCAUCACUGUCCUCCGCAUCCUUAUCAUCCUCAUCAUGGUCGUCAUCAUCAUCAUCAUCAAACUACUCAUCUUCCUCAGCAUCAAGUUUGAGAAACAAAGGGGCCCGCAAAUUUUAUCACAAAUAUGAGGAAGAUUAUGAUGAGCAUGAUCAUCAUGAAUCAAAAUCUGGAUCACCUAAUUCAACUUUAUGCUUUGGUGGGAAACGCAGAGGUGCAAAUAUGAAUGGGAUCCGAGGCUGCUAUUCAAUGAAGACCAUAAGAUUUGGGUUCUUGUCCAUUGUUAACCACGAAUCUGGCCGAGUUACUAAUAAUAAUGCUUAG